GAAUCAAAUCAUAUUUGUGGACAUAAAUUCAUGACGAGUAGUUCGGACGUUGGAGGAAGUGACACCAAAGGAGAAGCCGGUCAGACUGAUGCCAAACCAUCGGCCGUGAAGUUGGGACUCGACCGUGCUAAUUCCAUUGGAUGGUUCUUUAUUGAAUCCUACUAUGAGAUGUACAACAAGAACCCGGAAAACUUAUAUAAAUUGUACAACUCCGAAGCGUCGAUAAGCCACGGCGACAUCCCCGGUGUUUCCCAAGCCGUUCGUCAGGCCACCGGCACCGAGUCCAUCAAAUCGUUGUACAAGGAUUUGCAGGCUGCUCAAAUCAAAAACAAGAUCAUUGUUAUCAAUGCUGAUAUUCAAAUCAGUUUGAGAAACAGUAUAUUGAUUGUGGUCAAUGGAGAAUGGUCCAAGAACUCCUCGCCUUACUACCAAUUCAACCAAACGUUUAUUUUAUCUUGCGGUAUCAACGAGUCCAACUACGAGGUUGCCAACGACAUCUUGAGGUUCAUCGACUACGACUUCAAACACGACAAAAUCGUCGAGAAAGAGAAGCAGACUGAGAUUGCAGUUGUAGAGGAACUCGCUGAAGAAGAACCCACUCAAAAUGGAGUUACUGUCGAUGACGUGGACGAACCUGCCGAAGAACCUGAGGAAGUGGCUGAGGAGCAGGUUGAAGAAAGCGAAGCAGCAAAGUCAGAUGUUUCUGAAAAGGAACAACCUGAACCCGAAUUGGAAGCUGUUGAGUUCGAUAAGGAAAAGACCGAAGAACCGGCUCCUGCUUCUGGCCCUCUUUCCUGGGCUGCUUUGGCUGCAACUGCGAAAGAUAAAUCUCCUAAACCCGCUUCUGUCCCCAAAACCGCUGCCAAGAAGCCCACCGGUGUUGCUACCGCUCCUACUCCCGUACCAUCGCCUUCGGCCUUGCCCAACGGCAAGUACAAAAAGGAAGAUUGGUUUCCCAUCUACGUCCGUGGCUGCGAAGAUAUCAAGGAAGACGACUUGAAAGACCACUUGAAAAUGAACUUCGGAGAAAUAAAGUUUUUCAAACAGAACUCCAACAUUGCAUUAAUUGACUUUCUUAACGUCGAUGGCCAAAGAAAGGCUUUGGGGGCCAAGAAAACCGUUGUCAAUGGUAUCACCAUUUUUUUGGAGGUGAGAGAAUCCAAGAACGGUAGAAAAGAUCCUAAAGCCAAAGAAAAACCCCACGACGCCAAACGUAAGAAUGACAAAAAACAGGUCCCAAAGAAAAAGUGAUCUAGUAGGUCUGUCACCAUCUGAUUUAUACCUUAAUUCACUAUUUGUACAUACGCUAUCAUAAACGUAUCCAUCA